CUUGACUGUUGCUGUGUUGUUUGAAGUAGGCKGUGCUAAUGGUUCACUGAACUUCGAAUGGGUCAAAAUACUACGUAGCUUGAACUCUCAUUUAAUUCGGAUAGUCKAAUAACUGCUUYUAUUUCUCUUCGUCUCUCAGACAAGAAYUUUGGGUGAUUUCUUCUCCAAAUCAUGAUGAAAACAGAAACGUAGUGAGCUGGAUUAACUUCAUUUCUGCGUUGUUGAACAAUGGACGGCGGUACUUCUCUUCAAUUAACAGUUGUUAUUCUCGAGUAAGUACAUUAUUUUAUUGAUUCAAGAGAAGAUAUGCCUGUCAUGAAUGUCCAUGAACAAGUUGAAAGCCUGACUCAGGAAGGACACAAAGCUUUGUCGGAAGGAAGGUUGGAUGAAGCAUGCCUUUUCUUCGACAAAGCAGCUACCCUCGCCACAAGUUUAGAUGAACGAUUUACCGAAAGGGCCUGCUAUUUUAACUUGGGAGCUUGUUGUGUAGCACAAGGAGAUGCCAAAAAAGGCUUAGAGUAUUUAAAAAAGGCUUUGCCACCAGAUCGCGACUCUGACGGGACUGCCAACUAUGCCGACCUACACUACAACUUAGGACUUGCUUAUGAAGUCCUUGGUCAAUUCAGUUCAUCAGUGGAAUGUUACGAGGUUGCUCUAGCAGAGUAUAAGACUCAAAAUAAUCAUGAAUUGCAAGCAGAGACUCUAAAUAAACUAGCUGUUGCAUGUACAACUACUGGAGAGCUAUCAAAGGCUGCCAAGUAUUACGGCGAUGCGGGAGACGUAUAUAAGAACUUGGACGACAAGACCAAUGAAGUCUUUGCUCUCACGAGCCGAGCAAACUUGCUGGGAGAGAUUAGAGACAUUGAAAACUGUGCGGAAACUUUGCGUGCUGUGAUUGCAAUAUGUGAGGAGCUAACAGACCAAACUCUACAAGGCAAGGUGUACAAUGAUCUUGGGCUGUUAUACAAUCGUCUCAAGUCUUACAAUAAUGCAGCUGAGUGCUUUGAGAUUGCUAUACCUCUCAUAACUGGGUGUGAGCAUGAGAAACAACUUGAGGCAGUGCUGCGUCAGAAUCUUGGUGCAGUGUACAACCAGAUAAAGAAGUAUGAACAAGCACUGGAACAGCAUGAAAUAGCAAUUAGGUUACACGGUGAAUUGGGAAACAGAUCUGCUGAAGGACAGGCAGCAUGUAACAUGGGCUUUGCCUACAGUCAGCUAAGGCAGUUUGAUGAAGCUGUUGAUAAGUUCUCACUUGCUAUACAAGCCUCUAAAGACACAAAUGACCURUGUAGUCACUGGCAGGCUAAUGAAGGCCUUGCAGCGGUGUAUUUCCUUAAGAGAAACCAUAGAAAAGCCGUUGAGCAUUAUAAAGCUGCAUUAAGCUCAUUAUCAUCAUCAGGAGCAUUAACGGCAGAGCACAACGAUCGCAUUGUCAACAAACUUGCUGACGCAAUGAAGUUCCUGUACUUACAAAAUGAUGUCAAGACUGAGCACAAGAAGAAAAGGAGUUUGAAACACAAGAAAACUAGAAAAGAUAGUGAUGGAACUGAUGAAGGUUCAACAAAUGUUGGUAAAACAAGACKAAGGGGUCACUCACACCACAAACUCAUCGCCAGGGGAAUUGAUGGGCAGUUUGAAGAGGACACAGACUCAGAAACUGAAGGUUUGUCACGUGAGGAAAGCACUGACAGUGAUGACUCAAAUAGUGACAAAAGGUAUGUUCGACAGACAUGGCGACAGAAAAAAGCUGAGAGAAAUCUGAAAGUGGGUUCAAAUCCUCAGUUACUAUUAUCCGGACCCUAUCAGAAUCUUAUUAAAAGAAGAAGUAGAGACAGUUCUGAACAUGAUGAUGGAUAUGAAGAACCUGCAGAGGAAAAAGGAGGUGUUUCUAAGAAGGCAUCAAGUGAUUAUUCACAAGGUAUGCCCAGAGCACAUAGAGAAGCUUARRUAGCAUCUAUUGCUGCUGCUACUUCAACACCAAAGAAAUCAGCUCCUUCUGUACAAGAUGUUAGUCAAAACUCAUUUGACAGUAAAUACACAAACCAGUCAAAGAUGUGUGUCAUCCAGUAAUACCUUUGCUGACAAAAAAAGACAAAAUCUAUGAAAUCGUCAGCUUGGGAAACAGAAGGRUCUGCCUGGCAUUACUGUAGUUAGUUUGGCAAAACUAGAUUUUUAUAAUAUAACCUCUUAAAACAGUUAUUUUGCAGUCAUUGCAUUGAUUGCUGAUAUUUUUAUAAGAUGAAGAGCAGGAUAUUUUCUUGAUAAAAACUAUAAUAUGAAAUUAAAUGCAAAAUAUAGAGCCUUUGUCUUUAAUUUUAUUUAGUUAUAUGAAACUACAUUUUAAUGAGAAUCAAAUAACUGGACAAUAAUAUCUACUGUGUAAUAUCACAGAUUAAGCCAUGCACUACACAAGGAGUAGUGGAUGUGUUGAUGCCCCAGAAGUUUGAAUGGAGAAAUAGGGGUGACUGCAAUACAUCAAGGCCACGGCAUUGGCAGUUUUGCACUAAAUUUGCUCUACCUUGCAUGGCCUCAAGCAUGUACUGCUUGGGAAUUUUAGUGCAGGCCAUAUAAGUACUGAAAAUAAAGGUAUAAUUUUGGAAUGUCAGUUUAUUUUUCUUGGUGGCAUGGUGGCUUUUCAGUUCAUGCCCUUGGAAGCCUACUUGUCCUCCUACCCUCCCAAGUUAAUUUGUAGAAAAACAAACACACGGUUUCUUAAAAAACAAUUUUUAUUGGAUCAAACUAAUAUUGGUUAAAAUCAUUUAUGAGUUCACGUUGCAAUUUGCUAUCUGAUAWAAAGUUUACUGUAUUUUUCCUACAAGUAUAGAUAAAGCUAUUUAAGUGUACAAGAAAAUAAUAUURAUCUCUUUCAUGCAACAUUUUCUUAUCAAUGAAAUGGAUUUGAUGGCUUCAUUCAAUUCAAUAGCCUUCAAAGUUGCCUGCCGCAUCCUGUGACUUAUCUUUCAGGGAGAUGCAUGGUACUGUGAAUAAAGCUUUUGAGCCAUAAAAGAGAUGAUAAUGUUGUAAGUAACAGAAAAUUUCCAUACAUUUUUGUAGUAUAUUUGAAUGAAUUUAUUUUAUUGUUUACACCCAACUUUUUGGGCCAUACACUUUUGAAGUUAGGUUGGCCUUGAUAAGAGUCUCAUUUCCAUUCA